AUGCCUUUAAUUCUUCUUUGUGGAAUCCCUCAAUCUGGUAAAACACAAUUUGCGCUUCAACUUAAACAAUUUUUAGAGCAGCAGCAGCAAUGGGAAGUAGUUCUUAUCAAUGAAGAAUCUUUAUCAAUCAAUAAAGCUGAAGCAUAUUCCUCAUCAUUUACAGAAAAAAAUUUAAGGGCAUUGAUAAAAUCAACUGUUGAGCGAGAGCUUUCACAGUCAAAAGUCGUGAUUUGUGACUCUCUGAAUUACAUUAAAGGUUACAGAUAUGAAUUGCAUUGCAUUGUAAAAACAGUGAAAACUACACAUUGCGUGGUCUAUUUCGAGAUCCCAGUAGAUAUCGCUUUACAAAGAAAUCAAAUUUAUCCUCCAGAGUUACUAAUUUCUCUUACAAAGCAUGAAAUUGUUUUAUUCACAUGGAGUUUUGUUUUAAAUUUUAUAAUUUAUUUCCAAAAGCUCAAAUAAUUGUUUUUUAUAUAUACAGCUCAUGCACCGAUAUAGAUUUAUUUAUCGAGCAAAAUGCAAUAGAAAGUACAACGACCAAGAAAGACUCUAUUAAAAAAAUGGGCUGAACAUCUAUAUAAGGAAGUGCUAGAAAGUAACAUGUCAAAAAAUGGUGACAAGUGUGAAAAAGUUGACAAGUAAACGCGCUAAUUUUUAAAAUGGUUUUAUUAUUAAAAUAACUAAAACUUAAGAUACCCAAUUAGACUGAAGAUAAUAAUUGAAAAUUAAUAUGGGGCUAUUUAUUUAAUAUUUUCAAUUUUGAGAGUUAAUGUGCAAAUUCUUCCAUAAUGGGCUCCGUCUUUAUAGCCGCUUAAAUCAAAAUCCUACUGGAGUUUUUGUAAUAAAACUUUAAAGAAAACUAAGUGCAUCUCAAUAUAUCAAGUUCUUAUAGACUCAUAUGAGAAGUAUUUAGCAAAAAUUCAAUAUGGCUUGUAAAUGAAAAAUCAAAAACUUGCAACUCGAUGUGCAUUUUUCCGGCUCGAUAGAAUUUCUUUAUUUUAAUGUUAAUUUAUUAUGAAGACUAGAGCUAUAAUUUGCAAAGUGCGUGGCUUGUGAAUUCAAUUAACUACGAAGUUUCUUAUCGACUUAUAUAAUUAUUUUUUAGCAAAAAUUCAAUAUGGCUUAUGAGUGAAAAUCAAAAACUUGCGACUCAAUGUGCAUUUUUCCGGCUCGAUAGAAUUUCUUUAUUUUAAUGCUAAUUUAUUAUGAAGACUAUUGCUAUAAUUUGCAAAGUGGGUGGCUUGUGAUUCUCAAUAUAUGCAAAGUUCUUAUCGACUCAUAUGAGAAGUACUUACUCCCCCCCCCCCCUCCGUGAGCGAACAAAAAAAUUUUGUUCGCUCACGGAGGGGGGUUAAUUUUUUUUUUUAAAAAAAAUUUAUAUAUAAAUUUUAUAAAAAAAUAUUUUUUUCGAAAUUUAAAAAAAUCCUAAUUUGCAAAAAUUGGGAAGCAAAUAUUAAUUUAAUUUGCAAAAUUUAUGUUUUAAAACGCAAUUUGUUUAAAAUUAAACAGAAUUAGCUCUAGAUUUCAUUAUACUAAUUAUCACUUAUAUAUCAAAAUUUUUUUCCAUUAAAAUUUUUUCUAUUAAAAAAAUUUUUGUUCACUCACGGAGGGUGGGUUUUUGGUCAAAAAAUGGCGAUUUUUCUAAUGGUUUUGUUCGCUCACGGAGGGGGGGGGGAGUUAGCAAAAAUUCAAUAUGGCUUGUAAGUGAAAUUCAAAAACUUGCAACUCGAUGUGCAUUUUUUUCCGGCUCGAUAGAAUUUCUUUAUUUAAUGCUAAUUUAUUAUGAAGACUAUUGCUAUAAUUUGCAAAGUGCGUGGCUUGUGAGUUCAAUUAACUACGAAGUUCUUAUCGACUCAUAUGAGAAGCACUUAGCAAAAAUUCAAUAUGGCUUGUAAGUGAAAUUCAAAAACUUGCAACUCAAUGUGCAUUUUUCCGGCUCGAUAGAAUUUCUUUAUUUUAAUGCUAAUUUAUUAUGAAGACUAGAGCUAUAAUUUGCAAAGUGCGUGGCUUGUGAAUUAAAUUAAGAACGAAGUUCUUAUUGACUUAUUAAAUUAGUGUUUAGCAAAAAUUCAAUAUGGCUUGCAAAUAAAAAUCAAAAACUUGCAACUCAAUGUGCAUUUUUCCGGCUCGAUAGAAUCUCUUUAUUUUAAUGCAAAUUUAUAUAUGAAAAGACUAGAGCUAUAAUUUGCAAAGUGCGUGGCUUGUGAUUCUCAAUAUAUGCAUUGUUUUUAAAGACUAAUUCUACAAAUAUUUAUUAAUUAAAAAAAUAGUCAAAAAUAUUAAAUCUAUUAUGUAGAUUUUUUAUAAUAAUUAUCAUUAAUUUAUAAGACCUUAAAAAUAAGAUUUUUAGUUAUUAAUCAAUCUCAGUCUAAUUUAGUAUCUUAUUUUAAUAAUAAAGCCAUUUUAAAAAUUGGCGCGUUUACUUGUCAACUUUUUUCACACUUGUCACCAUUUUUUGACAUGUCACUUUUUAGCACUUUCUGAUAUAGAGAUUGAGCUCAUCUCUUUGAGAGACUCUGUUUUGCUCGUUCAAUAUUCCAAUACAUUUUGCUCGAUAAAGAAAUCUAUAAAGGGGUAUGAGCUAUACCAAAGUAUUUACUUAUUCCCCCCCCUCCUGAGUGAACAAAAAAAUUUUGUCACUCACGGAGGGGGGUUAAUUUUUUUUUUUAAAAAAAUUUUAUAAAAAAUAUUUGUUUUCGAAAUUUAACAAAAUCCUAAUUCGCAAAAAUUGGAAAGCAAAUAUUAAUUUAAUUUAUAACAUUUAUGUUUUAAAAAGCAAUUCGUUUUUAAAAUUAAACAGAAUUAGCUCUAGAUUUCAUUAUAUUAAUUAUCAUUUAUAUAUCUAAAUGUUUGUCAAUAAAAAUUUUUUCUAUUAAAAAAAUUUUUGUUCACUCACGGAGGGUGGGUUUUUGGGCAAAAAAUAGCGAUUUUUCUAAUGGUUUUGUUCACUCACGGAGGGGGGGGGAGUUAGUUCUUUAUUAAAAUUUUAGAGGGGGAGUAAGAGAUCUAGCUAAUAGGAUGGAAGUUCCUCAAGAAAAAAAUCGAUGGGACCAUCCCUUGAUUGUAAUCCGUGAAAACCAGGAAAUUUCAUUUGAAGACAUUUUAAACUCUCUUAUCACAACAAGACAACUUCCAGAUCCAGUUGCAACGAAAGGACAAAAAAUUCAAGUUCCUGAUUACGUGUAUCAAGUCGAUAGAGUCACUCAAAAUACCAUUGAAUUUAUCUUAAAUGCACAAGAAUUAUACCCAGAAGGCUCAGAGGUGCCUAUCCCAGACUCAACCCUUCUAUACCCUUAUUCCCAAAAGCUUACCUCUCUUCAGCUACGUAAAGCUCGAAAGCAGUUUUUACAGAUGAACAAACACAUCCCUACAAAUCUUGAAAGCAUCCAAGAAGCGUUUCUUGAAUAUCUUAGAACGUCAUUAUCAUUAUAA